AGGGCUAGAUUCGACGGGGGACGCCGUGGAAUUCGUGCUUUUUUGAAAUUGGGAGGUGGGAGAGCGAUUCGAAGGACGGGCGCCGUAAUCUGUUCAAGUGGCUCUGAGACCCUGCGUUCGUCCCUCCACAACUCGGCCAUCCACGUGCCACGCACACUCAUAAGCGAAAUUCGAAUCAGAGCUCUGCCCCGGCUGUCUCCCCACCCCAUCCUUCACUUACUCUCUUUCUCCCACCCACCCACCCACCGACCAUGGCUGCGACUCUGGAUCCUGGCACGGCGCUGGACAACACGAUGGGCGCCAUGCUCCUGGGAGUCAUCGUCAGCGCGAUUUUGUACGGGAUCAGUCUGCUGCAGGUGCUGUUCUACUUCACCCGAUAUGAGCGGGACCCGAGGUGGUUGAAGACGCUGGUCGCUUUGACUGUGAUCCUGGACAGUCUGCAUCUCGCGUUCGUAGUGCACACGGUGUACCACUACUUGAUCACCGACUACUACAACCAUAACUCGCUUGGGAUCAUGAUCUGGAGCGUCUCCCUGGAGGCAUUACCUACGGGUGUUACAGGCGGACUGGUUCAAGCAUUCUACGCGUUCCGGGUCUGGAAAAUGAGCCACCGCAACUACAUUCUCACGGGAUCCAUCGUUCUCUUGGUGUUGGCAACCGCAGCCAGUGGUACGGCGUGGGUCGUUCUCGCUUUGCAGGCAGGAACAUACGAGCAUCUGCUGAGAAUCACGCCGCUGACGAUUGCGAUCAAUGCGCUAUCAACCACCGCCGACAUUAUUAUCACUUCGACGUUGUGCUAUAUGCUGGCGAAAACGCGACCGACGUCCUUGCAAACGGAGUCAGUUGUGAAUCGAUUGAUCCUGUUUACCAUCAAUACAGGCUUGCUGACCAGCUUUUGUGCUGUUCUGUCUCUGAUAUUCUUGAUCGUCUCCCCACGGACAUUGAUCUACGCCGCCUUCUACUUCUGCAUCGGACGCCUGUACUCGAACGCGCUGCUCGCAAGUCUCAACGCGCGGGCCGUGAUCCGGGGACGCAUCAAUGAUGUGGACAACAACUUCCGGAUCAAGACGGACGGCAGCGGGCCGCGCAGCGCGACGCAGCUGUCGAUGGACGUCUUUGCGCGGCAGGACGAGUCCGCGGCGGGGGACAUGAACAUCGCGGUGCGCGUGCAGCGCGAGACCAAGUCGUUCAUGGACGACGACUCGUUCAAGAAGGGCACGUUCGCCAAGCGCGAGCCGACGCCGGAGAUGCCGAGGAAUCAUUCGGACGGUGCAUGAAUCGUGCAGGGAUGGAUGGAUCGAUGGGAUGCGCCGAGCACUGACAUUAUUACUACACUUACUCGCCCACGCCGCUCCCUCCCCCGACCGUCGUUAAAAGCCGAGCGCCACAGCAGCUGUAUAUUUGCUGGGCGCCGGCGCGCAUACUUACUGUUAUUGACUCAUCUACAUAUUCACUCGCUACAUCGUCACCAGUGGAUCGUCUUCGUGUAUUAAUUAGAUAUGGAUAUGGAGCCUGCGCGUGCCGGUCGGAGUUCUGCCCUCUUCUGCGUCGCAGUAAUUUGGGCUGUCGGGGAGAACCUCGGCGGCCCCCGAUGGGCUUUCGUUGUAUUAAUUGGAUAUGGAUAUGGAACCUGUGCGCGCCAGUCGGAGUUCUGCCCAGAGAUUAUGAACCUUGCCUCGAAAAAAAAACUAAGUCUUACUCAGCUCCCCGGCCCUCGUUACGCGCAGCCAUGGCCAAGCGAGUGUCCGGUAGAUGUGUUUUCCCAGGUACUUGUGCCCACACGAAAUAGGGAUGAUUCUUCUCUCCGUUCCAAAUUCCCGUCGCCCCCUCCUCGCCGAGUGACGUUUGACAUACAUAAAACUGCUCCAUCCUUCUUUUUCUUGCGUUGAACUUCGAAGCCCGAAGCGCCCGGCAAAAUACUUGAUUGCACUGAUCUUGCCUGGAAAUCCGUGCCGCCGCGGCCGGGGACACCCGGAUGCGUAUAAACUCGGGGGAUGGCCGGUCAGUUACGUAUCCAGUCGGAGACGGGGGGGUACUUAGUGCAUGAUGUCCGUCCGUUCGUCUGCGAUGCACGCGGUGAGUCGACGGAGGCCGCAGCGCUGCGCACAUAAGCGGCUCGAGUUCCGGUCAUUUAUGGCUCGUUCCGUCGCACGGCGGGCGCGAUCCCACCGGAGACGGGUCCACCCGAUAAUUGGUGGUGUGGUCGACCCGUGGUGGCGGAGUGCGGGGAUGGGCCGUUUCUGUAUCCGUCAGUUGGCCGACGCG